AUGAAGUCUGUUAUUUCCCACUCUCCUCUUCCUUUUCCUGUUGUGACUCACGGUUCUCAUUGUGCCCAUAUUUGCUGCUCAGACACAGCAGACUGCUGCAGCUGCACGCGCCCGGGAGACCUGCGCCCGGGAGACCUGCGCCCGGGAGACCUGCGCCAGGGAGACCUGCGCCUGGGAGACCUGCGCCAGGGAGACCUGCGCCCGGGAGACCUGCGCCUGGGAGACCUGCGCCCGGGAGACCUGCGCCAGGGAGACCUGCGCCCGGGAGACCUGCGCCCGGGAGACCUGCGCCAGGGAGACCUGCGCCAGGGAGACCUGCGCCAGGGAGACCUGCGCCCGGGAGACCUGCGCCAGGGAGACCUGCGCCAGGGAGACCUGCGCCCGGGAGACCUGCGCCCGGGAGACCUGCGCCAGGGAGACCUGCGCCAGGGAGACCUGCGCCAGGGAGACCUGCGCCAGGGAGACCUGCGCCAGGGAGACCUGCGCCCGGGAGACCUGCGCCAGGGAGACCUGCGCCAGGGAGACCUGCGCCCAGGAGACCUGCGCCAGGGAGACCUGCGCCCAGGAGACCUGCGCCCAGGAGACCUGCGCCCAGGAGACGACACGCUUGGAGCUGGAGCUGUUGCGUACCUGCAGCGGACCAGUGCUCCUCCUCCUGUUUCUCCUCCUGCUCCUCGCCCUGCUCCUCCUCCUGCUCCUCCUCCUGCUCCUCCUCCUGUUUCUCCUCCUGCUCCUACUCCUCCUCCUCCUCCUGUUUCUCCUCCUGCUCCUCGCCCUCCUCCUCCUGCUCCUCCUCCUGUUUCUCCUCCUGCUCCUACUCCUCCUCCUCCUCCUGCUCCUACUCCUCCUCAUCCUCCUGUUUCUCCUCCUGCUCCUCCUCUUGCUCCUCCUCUUGCUCCUCCUCCACUUUUUACAAACAUUUAA